AGAGAAGACGAAGUAUAAGCAGCUUGAUCCACCAGAAUAGAUCUUCUAUGAGUUUUUGCUGCAGCUUCCUUCAAAAGCUCAUCAAAGUCAGCAUCAUCCGAAACAUUAGAUGUCUCACCCACAUGAUCAUCACCAGAAUUUGAUGAUUCUUCAUCAACACUUCUACUGUACCCAGAAGAGUCUUCAUCUUCAGACGAUUCACCACCACUGGCAGAAGAUUCUCCACCACUGGUGUGAACUAGCUCCUUCACAAUCUGAGCAAAACAUGUUGUUCCAUCAGGAGCAUCACUACCCAACUGGAUUGACCAGUCACAACCUUCAUCCACCUGAACCGCAAGUGCCCGGUUGGUUUGGUUGUUGACGGGUACCAUGGUACGAUCAUUGUUUCUGUUCUGCCGGUUGCCUUGGUUUCUGAAGGGGUUUUGAUUUCCGUGCUGGGCUGGCUUUGUACAUUCCCGCUUAAAGUGACCCCGUUCACCACAGUUGAAGCACUUAACGGCCUGCUUAUCGAACCCAUACUUGGUGUCUCGCUUACUUUCCAAGCUGGUUCUGCCAGUACUUUCCAUCCAAUCCUUUGCUCUUCUCACAGCACUAGCAAAGGCCCACUUGAUGUCCAUCAAGUCCAUCUCCUCUUUAUCAAUCUGCCUGUAAUCUUCUUGUGUCAGAUUAAUGUUGCCAAUCUGACCUUCUAUCAACCCACAGUACGCGCUCACUACAGUGUUAAGCAGCUCCAUGUGUUCCUUAGCUACUUCUACACUGAUUUUAGAGAAGCUUGACGUGUCGAGCUGUACUGUACUUGACUUUGAUUGUUGACCAGCAGAUGAUGUUCCUCCAUAACAUGCACGUUGUUGUUGUUGAGCAGGAGGAGGUGGAGGUGGUUGGAUUGGAUUUCCAUACAUGUCUGUGGUGGGAGGUGGCUUAACAGGAACCUGGAUUGGGUUGCCAAAACAAUCUGUGCUUGUGACAAACGCUGUUUGAAGUGGAGCAUGUGAACCGGUUCUUGCAGCCGAAGAAUUGGAAGUUCCACAGUACAUUUCUGGAUUCUGUGGCAAUGGAACUCUCUUCGCCUUCAAUGUUUCCUCCUGAUCCUUGUUUUCCAAAAGUUGAACGAAUUCGUUGAUAUUAGUGGUUCUCAACACUCCGUUGUACUUCAGGAUUUCCAAGAAACUACUCCAUUGAGGAGGCAAAGCAUCAGCAAACUUCUUCACAACUUCAGCUUGAGUUGUCACUACACUAUAAUUAUCCAAUUCUGUAAGCAGAUGAUAAAAUCGGCUUGUCAUAUCUCCCAAGGACUCCUUAUCCAUACAAGUGAAACCUUCAAAUUCUUUCUUGAGAAGAUCAUGACGCAUUUGACGUGUUGCUGCAUUUCCCACUCCUCUGUUUUUCAAUCCGUCCCACAACUUCUUUGUUGUCUUGAAGCUGACGAACUGAUGGUAGAUAUCCUUGCUCAACGCCUGAGUGAGAAUGGCAUAUGCCUUCUUUUCCAGAUCAUAAGUUUUCUUUUUAUCUUCUGGAAGAUCAGCAAACGUAGCAGAAUCUGAAGCAGCAACCUCUAUGGCUUGAUCGAAAUCUGUGGUGAAACGUAUCCACAGUUCGGUAUUUUGACCAAGAACAUAUGUUUUAAACCUCUCAACCCAUCCUGGAUAUUCAUUCAAAUGCAUCAACUUUGGAGGUCUAUUCAAACUUCCUGUUUCACUUUCGCUUAGUAGAAUACUUUGAAUGCUCGGAGUUUGAUUCGAUACCAAAGCCCAUUGAUUUCCCUGAGAAGAAGUUGAUACCGGCGAUUCAGCCCAUAAAGGAGAUGACCUUGUAUUCGUGUAUUUUCCAUCGUCUGGAGCCGGUGUACCCCACCAUGAGGGAGUGACAUUUGAUCUUGUAUAUUCACCAUUAUCUGGAGCCGGAUUCCACCAACUCGGAUUCAUGAUAGAUAAGCAAAAUAAAUGCUAAGUAAGUAAUCCGAAAGAUAUCACGGCCGAAGGAUCCUGUUCCGAAAGAUCUGAAAUCACAGACACUUGUUAACAAUAAACUGUCCACAAUCGAAAGAUUAACACUUGUUCGAAGGAUCAACAGUACUCGAAAGAUUACUGUUGAAUCUCGAACAAUGAUGUCGAAAGAUUCAAGAACUCGAAGGAUUCUCCUUUUGAAGGAUCCUUAUCUUUCGAAUUAAAUAUCCUUAUCUUUCGUAUAGCUGACUUCCGAAGGAUCACACUUGUUCGAAUGAUCAACAGUGUUCGAAGGAUCACUGUUGACUUUCGAGCACUGGCUUCGAAAGAUUCAAAAUCUCGAAAGAUUCACACUUGAAAGAUCCUUAUCUUUCGAGAUAAAUCCCUAUCUUUCGGACACUUAACUUUCGAAAAGAUUCCUUUAUCGAAAGAUAUGUUUCAGACUUCGAAGGAUGGGUCGAAGGAUGAUGAUCUUUCGAGCCUUCCUUGAUCGAAAGAUGGUCUUUCGAUGUCGAAAGAUAUCUUUCGAGAGAUUCUGACACAACUGACGUUGAUGUGAUAGGUUGGUGAAAAAGGUGAUGGGUUGGUGAAGUACUUUCGGCAGAAAGGUAUGUUCUGCACACAGAUCUUCACCAACUUUUUGACUUUCAAAAAGUUUACCCAAAUAAGCAAUCCUUAUCCUCAACCAGUCACCGGAGAUAUGAUCGGAAAAAUGGCCGGAAAAUACAAAGUUUCACAAAACAAAUUUUAUGUUUACCCAAACCGACCCUGAACACUCCCGAAAGGUUUAGAAGCCGUUUUUAUGCAGAAAACUACCAAAAACGGGUGCUAAACCAAGUGUCCAAACACACCAAAGAACUUGAAAAACCCGGUUUUAAACAAGGUAAAGAGCCAAGCUCUGAUACCACUUGUAAGUCCCUAUCCGGUGGAUGACGAACCUCAAACCUUGUUAUACUAACUCACUAGCGAGUGCGGAAUCCAAGCUAGCAAGCAAACCGGGAUUAAACAAGUAUGAACACAAGCACACACGGGUUCACCGAUUAACACAACUUGUAUUAAUGCAAAUGAAGGUUUCGGUUACAAGCACAAUGUUUACAAACCUAACUUGUAAACUCUCAAAGUGUGUGUGUGUUUUCUGGACAGAAGGCUCUCAACAAUAUCUCUCGGAUGUGUGUGUUCUGUCUGUGUGCAUCUCUGUCUCUCUCAACCCAGCCUAGCAUGUCUGAUCGAAGGAUCUGAUAGAUGGUCCGAAGGAUCAUCUAUCGAAGACCAAGUAUUCGAAAGAUCAUCAAGGACCUCGAAAGAUUACCUUUCGAGGUCUAUGAUUCGAACCAUAUCUUUCGAUGAGGUCGAAGGAUCCACAUUAUCCUUCGACCUCUUAUCCUUCGACACAGUACAUCUUUCAACCGUUGACUAAGUCAAACCAGGAGGACGGUUGACUUUGUCAACUUACAAGACUGACAAGGACAUCGUUUACAUACAGACCGAAUACAGACAAAGUACAGACACAAGUGCACCAACAGAGCUCCUGGUACUCAACCUCCUCUUUGUCGAUCGGAUGAUGAUCCGGAUGCUGUUUAUGGAGUAAACAUGGAAGCUUGCAUCACGCCUUACUCUGACCAUGAUCACUCAAGCAAAGGAAGCGGAUUGGCUCCAUGGCCAGCUAGGCUAACUUCUCCACCUCCUCGUCUUGCUGACUUUGGCUAUUCAAGUGAUAUGUUUGAAAAGGACACGGAGCUGUGGCGUAAGAGGGUUGAGAAUUACUGGGAUCUGUUGAGCCCCAAAAUAUCAGCAAACACUAUACGGAAUGUGAUGGACAUGAAGGCAAAUUUGGGUUCAUUCGGUGCUGCUUUGGGGAACAAAGAUGUUUGGGUGAUGAACGUUGUCCCUGAAGAUGGACCUAACACAUUGAAGCUUAUUUAUGAUAGAGGCUUAAUCGGCUCAAUUCAUAACUGGUGCGAAGCAUACUCGACAUACCCACGUACAUACGAUCUUCUCCACGCUAGCAACGUGUUUUCCGAAAUAAUCGAAAAGAAAGGUUGCAGUGGUGAAGAUUUGUUGAUUGAGAUUGACCGUAUUCUCAGGCCCACGGGCUUCCUAAUCGUUCGGGACAAAAAGCCCGUUACGGAUUUUGUGAAGAAAUAUUUACCCGCAAUACACUGGGAGACGGUUGCGGUGGCGGAUUCACCAUCAGAAUCAGAUGGAGAUGAUGUUGUGCUCAUAGUCCAAAAGAAACUAUGGCUUACAAGUGAAAGCUUAAGGGAAACGGAUUAAGUUUGAACCUAAAAGACCACUCUUCUGUUUUGUAGCAUCAAAUUGUGACGAUAGUUUCUACUUAAGGUUUAGUUGAUUUAUUUGUUAUGAUAUACAUUUGCAUCUACAAACUCUUUAUUUUCUAUACUUGUUUGUAUUUAUUUUAAUUGGAUUUAAUUUAAAUAAUUAAUCCAAAUAUUUAUACGAUUUGAGAAA